UAGACUACAAACUCUAACAAACUUCCAUCUAUCCAUCUAAACUUUCGCAUUUAUAAUAUUAGCAAGAUUGCAUUUUAGGUCACAAGAUAAUUAAUUAGUACAUGUUUGUGGCAAAAAUUGGGAACAUCUCUCAUGCUAUUUGACAUAAUAAUAUCUGUUUUCUACGGAAUAGACAGCUUCCCUUUAGUACUUUAAUCUAUUUAAUAUUAUAGUUUAGUCGAAGUUAUAAUUCAUUCAAACCGAAGUUUUAUUAGAGUAUUAUUCCAAGUAAUACUUUUAUCUAUUAAUUACACUUGGAGAAACGUUGUAUUUAUCGUAUUUUUCACAUUUCUAUUUAUUUAUGCAUGUUUAAAUUUGUUUUACUACUUUUUUUUAAAGCGAGUGAUGUCGUUAACCGAAAUAAAGCAAACAAGGAUCUUUAUUACAUGAUUACCUAAUUUUGUAUACUCGUAGUUGCUUCCUUUUAGAAUUCCUUUUGGAGUUCACACACUUUUGAACAAUAGCAACUAUCGGUUAAACGAAUCCAGGUGUGAAAGCUUUCAUAAGUGUUGUGAUGCAUUAAAAAACCGGAUUGCGCCAAUAUGCUUAUUUUUGUUAACAAGUUUUCGAUCGAUAAGAAUGUUGCCGUUAAAGCUGAGACAAACGGCAAUCGCGAACAAGCCGAGGAUGACGCCCUCAUCAACUUUAACACUCCACAGGCAACCAAAUCGAAACAAAAGCAGAACGUCGAGAACAACAAUGUGCCUCGCACUCCUUUCAGCCCUUCUCCGACCGAGGACUACAAAGACCUGAACCUGGCCGAUAUGACCAGCGAAGAGAUACAAGAGUAUCUCAUCAAAAAGUUCCAAAGCAUUAAAUUCCUGAAUGAUCAAAGCGACGACGACAGUCAGCCGUUUUACCAGAACCGCCAGGCUUUCCCCGACAUUCCGCUGCUGGACUCAGAGUUCACCGACACCGAACUGGUGAACCUACUUACUACUCAGCUCGCUCAGGAUGGCUCCUGCUCAGCCGAGGAAGCAAGUGCUCUAGCUCUUGCGCUGGGCAUGGGGAAUUUCCAGAUUUCGAGUGAGAGCUCGAGUUCUAGCUCGAAGGAUACCUCUUCAGAAUGCAGCUCCGACGAAGGACACCCGUACAUCAUGCCGCUGUCGCACAGUAUAGCUGUGAAGGCUAGGGGCCAGAAUGGGCGCAUGCAGCUCAUUGUGCCAGUGAGCCCCACCGGAAGCGUUAAAAAUGUGUCGGGGGCGAAAAAUGCCGCCCCGGGCGGUGCCUCCUCAGUACCGGUGGCCGGCUCAUCCCCCGCCUCCCCCAUCACCCGCACCACUAGCGAGAAGGUCUCUAACAGGAGUGAGCUCAUGGCCUCUAUCCGAGAAAAAUGGACCCGCCACACCACUAAGUAAUUAAACUUCCUUCAUUCGAGUCAAGUUACCUAAUUCUACCCCACUUAAAUAUUUUAGUUAUUAAAGAUUCUAGUUAUACAAUUUACUACUUUAAUUUUAAAUUACAUAAUUAUGUUAGUAGUACGUCUUAGGACGUUAAAAUUAUAGGUGCCAAUGUUAAACUUUAUCGACUGACAGUCAGGUGUUCCUUUAAAUGGUUUUAUUUGUUUUAAUUACAUAUCGAAAUUUUCUAGCCCCCGUAAACAUAAACAUUGUUUAAAUACAUUUUCCACUACAUAUCUAUAAUCAUAUCUUGUCGAAAUUUUUCCAAACUAUACAAUUGUUUUCUCCCAUAUAUGUCAAAUAUUUUGUAUUACAAUUUCCUAAGAAUAGAUAAAUUUUACAAUUCUACUUCCAUAUACAGGUGUCCGGGAAAGACGUCUACAACGGAAUACUACUGAUUCCUUACUCUUAUUUAAAAUCAACAUGGAGUUCGAAAACACGAAUGUGAAAACAACACUCGAUUAUAUUUUGCAACCGCCUGUACAAUCCGAUUUCCACUAAGGAAUCUUUAGUUCCGAUGUAUAUGUAUUUAACGGACAUCCUGUAUAUUAUAGAAAGACUUACUAGUGUCAAAAUUAUAUAUUAAAAAACUACCUAUAUGUAUACUACUAGAUACGUGCUAAAUUAUUUAUAUUCUAUUGUUAAAAAAAAUUAACAUCACUCUUGUUUAUUUAUAAAUCCUAAACUCUAUUUCAAAAUGUAACGGACUCAAUGAAAUCAAAAUUUAUGAGAGUAAAAAAACCACAAAAUCAAGUAACAAAACUCAACGACGGAACUGCAUUGCGAAAAUGGAUUUCUCUACGAUAAACGGAUUGGAUCACUUUUAACAUUUAAUAGAUAAUAGAUACACAUGUUUAAAGGACAAAAAAAAUAAAAAAACCCAAAAAAAGGUUAUUAUCUGGAUGUUUUUCGAUUUAAUCUUCACUUUAAAGUCAGAAUAGUCAAAUAGUCAAAUGUUUAUCAAUGUUGAAGUAGUGUAUUUUCAAAAUGCUUGAUCGAUUACUGCAAUAGCCGUCUUUAAAUUAUUGUAAUAGUUUUUUCUCCUUGACUUUCACACUUUAGUCUAUUUAGCCACUGACAAGUGUUGUAAUAGUUGUUUAUUAACGUAAUAUUGUAUUAAUAGUUGCAUUG